AUUUCACAGCAGCAAGACGUCAUAUUUUCAUUUUCGCCGAUUUUAAUUGAAAAAAGUGCUUUUAAUUCACCAAAUUUACUUCAUUUUAUAGUUUUUUUUUGUUCCAACUACUUAAUUACCCGUUAAUUUCAUAAAAAUGGCUGCAUACUUGAGCAAUUUGGUCAAAUUCAGUGGACUUUCCAAUGCUGUUUACAAAAAUGCUGUAAGAGGAAUUGGCACUUCGAGCGAUCUUUGGACCCCUCGUCAAGCAAAGGUUGCUGACAAAACGGGCAAAAAUAUCGUCUUGGUCGAUGGCGUAAGAACCCCAUUCUUGAUGUCAGGUACCCAAUAUUCGAAAUUGAUGCCUCAUGAGUUGGCUCGUCAUUCGUUGUUGGAAUUAUUGCGCAAAACGGGCGUAGAUAAGGAAUUAAUCGACUACAUUGUCUAUGGCACGGUCAUUCAAGAGGUCAAAACAUCAAAUAUUGGUCGAGAAGCUGCCUUAAGUGCUGGAUUUAGCAACAAAACGCCCGCUCAUACCGUCACCAUGGCUUGUAUCUCUUCCAAUCAAGCCAUUACCACGGGAAUUGGUCUCAUCGCGACAGGCACUUAUGAUAUUGUCGUUGCGGGCGGCGUUGAAUUCAUGUCUGACGUCCCAAUUCGUCACAGUCGCAAGAUGCGUUCGCUCAUGUUGCGUGCCAGCAAAGCAAAAACCCCCAUGCAACGCUUGCAACUUCUCGCCACGAUCCGUCCUGACUUUUUUGCGCCCGAAUUGCCUGCUGUCGCUGAAUUUUCGAGCGGCGAAACGAUGGGUCAUUCCGCAGAUCGACUUGCUGCUUCGUUCAAAGUUUCGCGUCAAGAACAAGACGAUUACGCCUUGAGAUCGCACACAAAAGCAAAAGAAGCGGAAACUGCGGGAUAUUUCACGGAUUUGGUUCCCAUGAAAGUCGCGAAUGUCGAUCAAUUAGUUGACAAGGACAACGGCAUCCGGGUUAGCACGAAGGAGCAAUUGGCGAAAUUGAAGCCAGCUUUUGUCAAACCACACGGAACAAUCACAGCAGCAAAUGCUUCUUUCCUCACAGACGGCGCUUCCGCUUGCAUGAUCAUGACAGAGGCGAAAGCCAAGGAGCUCGGACUCAAACCAAAAGCCUAUUUGCGUGACUUUUUGUACGUGUCGCAAGACCCAAUUGAUCAACUGCUCCUUGGACCUGCUUACGGUAUCCCGAAAAUCCUCAAAAAAGCGAAUUUAACUGUUAAGGACGUCGAUGCAUGGGAAAUUCACGAAGCCUUUGCCGGACAAAUUUGUGCCAACUUGAAAGCCCUCGACUCGGAUUGGUUCUGCAAAACGUAUUUGGGAUUAAACGAAAAGGUCGGAAGCAUCGAUUUGAGUAAAUGGAACAACUGGGGAGGAUCUCUCAGUAUUGGGCAUCCUUUUGCCGCUACAGGAGUUCGACUUUGCAUGCAUACCGCAAAUCGUCUCGUACGUGAAAAUGGGCAAGUUGGUGUCGUUGCCGCUUGUGCUGCAGGCGGUCAAGGUGUUGCAAUGGUUCUCGAAAGACAUCCCGAUGCAACUGCCAACUAAGGAAAAAAAUGCGUUUCGUAAAUCACAAUCAAUCAACAGACUGAAGGGCGUUUAAAAUAUUUUUCUAAGUCACAUCGGAAAAAAAUAUCGAAGUUUUCUCGAAUGUGAUUCAAAUGUUAUUUUGUUUUUGCAAUCUUACUUUUAAUAAAAAAAAAAAAAAUUUAAGAAUUUGU